CAGAUAAUCUCAGUGAUACCUUGAAGAAGCUGAAGAUAACAGCUGUUGACAGAACUGAGGAUAGUUUAGAAGGAUGCUUGGAUUGUCUGCUUCAAGCCCUGGCUCAAAAUAAUAUGAGAAGAAACCCUGAAGUAAGAAAUUCAGAAACUUCGAACCCAAGUGGGUAAAUACCAGGAAGAUGUGACCUAAGACUUGACUAGAAGAAAUGGAAGCAAAAGAUAGGAUUAUUUUAGAAAUUAAGACUAAAUUCCAAAAUUCCAAGGAAGAAUAGAGGUGGCUGAAAAUUUAGUAAGUAACAUUGAAGAAAAUGGGCAGAAGAAUGAAGACAAAAUAAAGGAUCAGUGAACAAAUGAUUGAAAUAGAUGAUAGGCAAAAAGAUCCAACAUACAUGUAAUUGGAGUUCUUAAGGAGAAAAAAAAAUGAAACCGCUAAUACUUUAACCUAUGAAUUUUUCUGAAAUAAUGAAAGACCAGAAUCUGCCUGUUGAAAGGGCCCACCAUGCACCUGCUAAAAUUGACCUGGAAUGGUCAACUCAAAGAAAUAGUUGUAAAACUUAGAUUUAAAGGUAAAAAUAAGUACGAAGAAAAAAUGCUCUGGGUCUACAUGCUAAAAGAUCAAGUUAUUUAAAAGGAAAGAAAAUCAGAUUGGUAUCAGACUUCUCAUCAGUAAUAUAUAAAGCAAUUCAGUGUUGGAGCGUAUUUUCAGUAAACUCAAGGAAUAAGAAAUUUCACAUUGACUCAUAGUGCUCAGUAAAUAUCAACUAUAAUAAAUACUCAAAUCUGGAAGAACCUAGGAACACUAUGCUCAUCAGAGUUCCAGAGGAAUCUGCUAAACUCAUGUUGUCAAGUAUAGCAUCCAUUCCCUGACAUGGCUGAUAUGGAAACAAGUGAAAAAAUCCAAGGAAGUGGAAUACUUCAGCUGUUUGCAAGUCUGUUGAUUCCACAGUCUCCCUGCACAGCCAAAGUAGCUAACAUCAUAGCCGAAGUAGCCAAAAAUGAAUUUAUGCGUAUUCCAUGUGUGGAUGCUGGAUUGAUUUCACCACUGGUGCAGCUACUAAAUAGCAAAGACCAGGAAGUGCUGCUUCAAACGGGCAGGGCUCUAGGAAACAUAUGUUAUGAUAGCCAUGAGGGCAGAAGUGCAGUUGACCAAGCAGGUGGUGCACAGAUUGUAAUUGACCAUUUAAGGUCACUGUGCAGUAUAACUGAUCCCGCCAAUGAGAAGCUCUUGACUGUCUUUUGUGGCAUGCUGAUGAACUAUAGCAAUGAGAAUGAUUCCCUUCAAGCUCAGCUUAUCAAUAUGGGUGUUAUUCCUACCUUAGUGAAAUUACUGGGCAUCCACUGCCAAAAUGCAGCCCUUACAGAAAUGUGUCUUGUUGCAUUCGGCAAUUUAGCUGAACUUGAGUCCAGUAAAGAACAGUUUGCCAGUACAAACAUUGCUGAAGAGCUGGUAAAACUCUUCAGGAAACAGAUAGAACAUGAUAAGAGGGAAAUGAUUUUUGAAGUUCUUGCUCCAUUGGCAGAAAAUGAUGCUAUUAAACUGCAGCUGGUUGAAGCAGGCUUGGUAGAAUGUCUACUAGAGAUUGUUCAACAGAAAGUGGAUAGUGACAAAGAGGAUGAUAUUGCUGAGCUCAAAACCGCUUCAGAUCUAAUGGUUUUAUUACUUCUUGGAGAUGAAUCCAUGCAGAAAUUAUUUGAAGGAGGGAAAGGUAAUGUGUUUCAAAGGGUACUGUCCUGGAUUCCAUCAAAUAACCACCAACUACAGCUUGCUGGAGCAUUGGCAAUUGCAAAUUUUGCCAGAAAUGAUGGAAAUUGUAUCCAUAUGGUAGACAAUGGAAUUGUAGAAAAACUUACGGAUUUACUGGACAGACAUGUAGAAGAUGGAAAUGUAACAGUACAGCAUGCAGCACUAAGUGCCCUCAGAAACCUGGCCAUUCCAGUUGUAAAUAAAGCAAAGAUGUUAUCCGCUGGGGUCACAGAGGCAGUUUUGAAAUUCCUUAAAUCUGAAAUGCCCCCGGUUCAGUUCAAACUUCUGGGGACAUUAAGAAUGUUAAUAGAUGCACAAGCAGAAGCUGCUGAACAACUGGGAAAGAAUGUUAAGUUAGUGGAGCGUUUGGUGGAAUGGUGUGAAGCCAAAGAUCAUGCUGGUGUAAUGGGGGAGUCAAACAGACUACUCUCUGCCCUCAUACGACACAGUAAAUCAAAAGAUGUAAUUAAAACCAUUGUACAGAGUGGUGGCAUCAAGCAUCUAGUUACCAUGGCAACUAGUGAACAUGUAAUAAUGCAGAAUGAAGCCCUUGUUGCUUUGGCACUAAUAGCAGCUUUAGAAUUGGGCACUGCUGAGAAAGAUCUAGAAAGCACUAAACUUGUACAGAUUUUACACAAACUGCUAGCAGAUGAGAGAAGUGCUCCUGAAAUCAAAUAUAAUUCUAUGGUUCUGAUCUGUGCUCUCAUGGGAUCCGAAUCUCUACACAAGGAAGUACAGGAUUUGGCCUUUCUAGAUGUUGUAUCCAAACUUCGCAGUCAUGAGAACAAAAGUGUUGCCCAGCAGGCCUCUCUCACAGAGCAGAGACUUACUGUGGAAAGCUGAGACCUGCCCUCCCUGAUACAUGGCAUCCUCCUCAUCUGGUUUCCCUUUGUCCUCCAUCCAGCUGCCUCUUCUGCUCCAUUCUCUUCCAUAUCACUCGUGCAUGCGUGUAAUGUUUCAAUACUAAUUGAAGAAUUCUGUAGGUACCUGCCCAAUAAGAUUUCUAAACCCAUAGUUAGUGUGAACACGAAUUUGUCAAAAACAAGUCUCCACCCAUAACUGUUCUCUUGUAUUCCUGUUGCUUGAGCUACAUUAAGUAGAAUGUGCAUGUUAUAGUCCUAUGAUGAUGUUAACUUGGUACUACAUAAUGACUUGCUCCUCACACUUGGCAAACUAUAUAAUAAUGUACUGGUAAAUUAGAAAGAAGCAAGAAUGCAGCAGGAUCUGUCUAGCUUAUUAGAGAUGAUAUUGAAUAGUAAAAAUAGCUCCAUUUUUUGGUGCUUGGUAAGCACAGUGACCAAAAAACUGUAUGGCUGUUCAUUCAUUAGUCUUACCUACUAAUGUCAAACUCAUGGUACCUAGAGUUAAAUAAAAUCCAGUGCUCUCACUCUUUACCCUAUGGUUUCUCCUUCUUCCUAACUAUGUAGACUCUGGAAACUUUCAGAAACUUGGCAGAACUUACGCGGGUUUUAAUUUCAUGUAUAAAUGGCUAUCCUCAGUAGUAGCCUGAUGUUGAAAACAUUGGUAGUUUUCAGCAUGAAACUAAGGGAUUGAAGAAUCUAUUACACUAGUACAUCUUGGUUUUGGGGGGGAGCUGUAUUUUAGAUUCUGCUUAUAUGUAUAGUUUCACCUCAGAACUUUUUCCAUCAGUGAAUCAGGGUUAUCCAACACUUGUCUUUAAAAGUCACUUUGGCAUUUGUUUUCAAGAAAAUUGAGUAUAGCUUAUUGGAGACUGGAUUUUUUUUUUCCUGUUUUUCAUCAUUCAGCUCAAAAGCAAGAGGUUUCUUCUCAUAGCCCUUUUAAAUCUUAUAUUAGAACUAACAGGACAUGGGGGGGAAAUUAAGAAAUAACUUUGUCUAGACUCAAGAAAGGAAGCAAGUUAUAAAGCCAUAGUAGCCAGUCCAGUUCAUUCUGCAGACGUUCUCGUCCCAGUGGGGUUAGAGUUUCCUGCCUGCACGUCCCACAGAGAACUGCAGCCGAUCUUACAGGCUCUCAGAAAAGGUGACAGCGCGGACUCUGGACAGGAGCAACCCUCCUUGGAGACACACUGUACUCUUCACUGCCACUUCUACCACCAAAUGAAUUUUUAGAGCUUUGAAACACAGUCUUUGUAAAUUAAUUCAAAACAUCCUGUGACUUACCUGCCUUCUCCCCAUGCCCAAGUUUGACCAGCACUGGCUGAAAGUAGAAUGAGUUCCAGUACGGAAGGACUGCAGGACAGAAUGGGCAGCCAGGAGUACAGAGGCGCCCUCCUGUCCAACGUGAGAUGGUGCACAUCUCUAGGGUGAUCGAAGUGGGAUCACUGACUCUGAAAUAGCUAUAAUUCAAGGAAGUUAAAACCCCAAAUGGAGGUAAAGAACCCUUUGACUGAUUAUUCCCUUUGGUGCCCAAGAAAGGGACUGUUACAUGCUCCACUUGCCAUAAGAAUGAUUUUGUCUUCUCCUGGGCUGGAUAGUGGACUAUAUUUUAUUAUAGUUUUGAAAGACAUCUGUAAUGUUGCAUAAUAGACUGUCCAUAUUAAUAACUAAAUA